CGCGAGGCACAACGGCAGCGCGCGGGUCGGUUAUGUCUGGGUUAAUGUUUAGCGCGAGGACGAGCAGCUCGUGGCAGCUCGGCCGCCUGCUAAGGCGGAGCAGUGCGCCGCUGCCUCCGCUCCGCAUCAACCACGCGCCGAACAUGUCGUCAGACUCCCACUGGCUCCCACCUGCCGACCGGGACCAGCAGGUGAUGGACCUCAGGGCCUCGGGAUGGGUGGAGGUGGAGGAACGCGACGCCAUCUUCAAAGAGCUUCACUUUAAAACCUUCAAUCAGGCGUUCGGCUUCAUGUCCCGAGUGGCUCUGCAGGCGGAGAAGAUGAACCAUCACCCGGAGUGGUUCAAUGCUUAUAACAAGGUCCAGAUCACCCUGACGACUCACGACUGCGGAGGACUCUCCAAGCGCGACAUCAAAAUGGCGAAGUUCAUCGACAAGAUCGCAAACUCCAUGUAACAUAUUUGCUCUUCGGCCGGAAAGUUCCUCGGCCGUCUCAACUCUGGUGUUUGUCAUUUAAAUAUCAUCCGCUAUUGAGCCAUAGACACCCCCCCCCCCCCCCGUUCCUCUUUUCUUACAACCUGUGAAAGAGAUCCUGCUUUUAUGUUCUCAGCCCAUUUUGUAAGAAGAAAAUAAAACUUUGAUUUUGUGCAA